CUUUGCUGUUUUUAUGUAUACUUAAAUUAAGAUACCUAUUAUGUCGACAAUCAUUGAAAGUUUUUUUCUUUUUCUUUUUUAUAAAUAAAUAAACACUUGCACAUCUAUCUAUGAUAUCAUAAUUUAUUUGCGAUUCUUUCAGCUUUUCUGCCAAUGACAAAAUUCCACCUUGUUGCUUUGACACUUUUUUCAGCUGUGCUGUUCUUCCUUUUCCAUGGAGGAUUCGCCAUGGCUGCAGGGACGUCAGAUGGAUCAGAACAAUGGGGUUACGUCGAAGUUAGACCUAAAGCUCAUAUAUUCUGGUGGUAUUACAAAAGUCCUUAUAGAACGCAAGAUUCAAACAACCCAUGGCCUAUAAUUCUUUGGUUACAAGGUGGACCUGGUGCGUCAGGAGUUGGGACUGGAAAUUUUGAAGAGGUGGGUCCAUUAAACUCUUUCUUGAAGCCAAGAAACUCUACAUGGCUAAAGAAGGCAGAUCUAUUAUUUGUGGAUAAUCCAGUUGGUAGUGGAUACAGUUAUGUUGAAGACAAAAAGUUAUUGGUGAAAACUGAUGAGGAGGCUGCCAUUGAUUUAACAACAUUAUUGAUUGAAAUCUUUAAUAGAAAUGAAACCCUUCAAAAGAGUCCUCUUUAUAUAGUGGGAGAGUCUUAUGGUGGCAAAUAUGCAGUCACUCUUGGAUUGUCUGUUCUCAAGGCCAUUGAAGAUAAGAAGUUAAAGCUCAUUCUUGGAGGUAUUGCAUUGGGAGAUAGUUGGAUCUCACCUGAAGAUUAUGUGGUAUCAUGGGGUCCACUUCUGAAGGAUGUUUCAAGGAUAGGCGGCAAUGGCUUGAUCGAAGCAAACAGUGUAGUAAAGGUAAUAAAGAGACAAAUAGCAAAUGGAAAACUAAAAGAUGCCACAGAAACAUGGAGUGAUCUUGAAAGAGUGAUUAGUGCCAAUAGCAACUCUGUUGAUUUUUACAAUUUCAUGUUGGAUUCGGGGAUGGAUCCAGUGUUGAUGACAUCAACAUUACUAAUGAGAGGAAUAUCACAAAAGAGGUAUUCAAGAUAUCUCGAUUCAUUGAAGAUAUCUCCAGGUAUAGAUAGUGGUCUUGGUCUCUUGAUGAAUGGUGCCAUCAGAAAGAAACUUGGGAUUAUUCCAAAUAAUGUGGAAUGGGGAGGACAGUCCGAUCUUGUUUUUACUUACUUAGAAGGCGAUUUCAUGCGACCGAGAAUUAAUGAGGUUGAUGAACUCUUGAACAAGGGAGUCAAUGUGACUAUAUAUAAUGGUCAACUUGAUGUUAUAUGUUCAACAAAGGGAACUGAAGCAUGGGUUGAGAAGCUAAAGUGGGAAGGGUUAAAGACAUUCUUGAGUCUUGAUAGAACUCCAAUAUAUUGUGGAUAUGAUAAAAUGACAAAAGGGUUCACCAAGUCUUACAAAAAUUUACACUUUUAUUGGAUUCUUGAAGCUGGUCACUUUGUACCAGUUGAUCAACCAUGUGUGGCAUUAGAGAUGGUGGGAAGGAUAACUCAUUCCAACGUGUCUACGAAGAAGAUGAACUAUAGAGAAAAAUGGAAAAUCAUAAACUAAAAAGUACUUAAGAACAAAAUCAAGAAAGGGAGAGAGGCUACUAAAACAAAAAUAUGAUUAUAUUCUGUAUAUCAACUGAAAUUUGAAAUCACAAUAAUUACACAACAUUUAAAAAAUUAAAACUUUUGAAAAUGAAUUUAGGAGAAAGUAUCUAGUAUUUUCCUGCUUCAUAUAUAUAUAGGAAAUAGUUUUGUCUUAUAUAUUUUAUUUUGUAGAAGUUACCUCUUUCACAAUUCAUUUGCUUCAUAUAUAUAUAGGAAAUAGUUUUGUCUCA